AUGGGUGUGCCUAAGUUUUUUAGAUACAUUAGCGAACGAUAUCCUUGUCUGAGUGAAUUAGUAAGAGAAAAUCAGAUACCACAGUUUGACAAUCUCUACUUGGAUAUGAAUGGGAUUAUUCACGUGUGCUCACAUCCAAACGACAAUGAUCCACACUUUAGGAUAUCCGAAGAAGAUAUUUUUAAGAACAUAGCUCAUUAUAUAGAAAUUUUAUUCCGUAUGAUACAACCGCAAAGGUUAUUUUUUAUGGCUGUGGACGGGGUUGCACCCCGAGCUAAAAUGAACCAGCAGAGGGGAAGAAGAUUCCGUUCUGCAAGAGAAGCCCAAGACUUGGAAGAUGCAGCUAGAGCAAAGGGCGAAGAGUUGCCGACAGAGGCUCGGUUUGAUUCAAACUGCAUCACUCCUGGUACAGCAUUUAUGGCCAGACUUCAAGAGUUUUUAAAAUCGUUUGUUAAGAGAAAAAUGAAUUCUGAUUCCAAUUGGCAAAAGUGCCGUGUGAUACUCUCAGGACACGAGACUCCUGGUGAGGGCGAGCAUAAAAUAAUGGAGUAUAUAAGAUAUUUGAAAGCUAGUCCUGGUUAUGAUCCCAAUACAAGACAUUGUUUGUAUGGUCUCGAUGCUGAUUUAAUUAUGCUUGGGCUUUGUUCACAUGAGCCUCAUUUUUCGCUCUUAAGAGAAGAGGUGAAAUUUGGCAAACAUGCAAACAGUCGGAACCCAACUGCUGAAGAGACUCGAUUUUAUUUAUUGCAUUUAUCAAUAUUACGUGACUAUCUGCAGCAGGAGUUCAUAUCGUUGAGAGAUAAUUUGCCGUUCAAGUACAAUUUAGAGAGUAUUAUAGAUGAUUGGAUUUUUAUGGGCUUUCUAGUCGGGAAUGAUUUCAUACCUCAUCUACCCAAUUUGCAUAUUAGUUCGAAUGCUUUGCCUUUGCUGUAUGAUAUUUAUAAGGAAGUUUUGCCCACAUUGGACGGUUAUAUUAAUGAGUGUGGCGAAUUAAAUUUAGAAAGACUGGAAAAGUUUAUGGAGCGUUUGGCUGCUGUAGAUAAAAUGCAAUUUAGUGAUGUUAAUGCCGACUUGAAAUAUUUUGCAGCUAAACUGACUGAUAAUGCUUGGGUUCCUGAGCAUAAGAAACAAAAUGAUGGUAACAGUUCUAAGUCAAAGGACUUGCAAGCUUUAAUUUCUGCUGUUGAUGACAUGUUUCUAGAUGAUGAUUCCCCUGACAAUUUCGAUGAAGACUCUAUGAGUUUCGACAUCAGAGACAAAAACUUGAGCAACAUGACCGAUGAAGAAAUGUUAGAGGAGGAGUUUAAUUUGUACAAACGAGAUUAUUAUAUAAACAAAUUAGGAUAUAAAGAAGUCACACCUGAUGUGUUAAUGGAGCAAGCCGAGUGUUAUAUUCGAGCUUUGCAGUGGACGUUGGCGUAUUAUUAUCGUGGUGUCUGCAGUUGGGGAUGGUUUUAUCCACAUCAUUACGCUCCGUUUAUGAGCGAUGUUAAAAACUUUGCUAAUUUGGAUUAUUCGUUCGAUCUGGGCGAACCUUUUCUUCCAUUCGAACAGCUGUUAGCAGUUCUGCCUGCAGCAAGUGGGGCACUACUACCUGAGCCUUACAGGAAACUUAUGGUGUCAUCGGAUAGUCCUAUAUUGCAUUAUUAUCCUACGACGUUUGAAACUGAUUUGAAUGGCAAACGUCAGGAAUGGGAGGCUGUUGUAUUGAUACCCUUUAUAGAAGAGGAAAAAUUAUUGGAAUCGAUGGCUCGACAGAAGCACCUUCUAUCCCCCGAAGAAGUUGCAAGGAACAUCCAUGGGCCAAUGUUGCAAUACGAUUAUAUUCCUGGUUCUGAAACGACAUUUGCAUCCGAGUACCCGAUGCCCGAUCUGACGGCUAACAUUCCAAAAAAAGCGCCAGUUCUUAAUAUUACGGAAGUUUUCAGAUCUGACGUCUAUGUUCCGUAUGAGAAAUUAGUUUUGGGGCCUGUUCCUGGUGCUUCUUUCAGUACUUACUUUCCUGGAUUUCCGAGCAUGAUCUAUAUCAGCUAUACAUCUAGGUUGGAAAAGGGUCAAGUCCGCGUCUUUGAGCAAAUGACCCGAAACGACAGCAUGAUAAUCGAGAUCAAAAACGACACUGCCAAAACUGACGCCGCCACAAUAGCCCAUAGGGUUCUCAAUCAAGUCGUUCACGUCCAAUGGCCUCAUCUCAUAGAAGCCAAAGUCAUCGCCGUCCUGGACGAAAACCACAAAUACUAUUUGAGAAACGGUUGGCAAUUCGAUAAGCAGGAACACACUCACCAGUCCAGGAGCGAAUUCAACAGUUUCCGAAAGAGUAGUAAGAAACACUUCUUCGAACGAAUGGGCAUCGAUAUAGGGGAUACAAGUAUUAUUUUACAAGUCGAACAGUUGAAGAACUAUGCUUAUGUUUUUGAGAAAAAGGGCAAAGUUAAGUUGGAGAAGGAAUGGUGCAGCAUACCAUCUUACCAUCCUUUGCAAACUUGCGUAUUGAAAUUGAGGGUGCAGAAUAUCAAGCAUAAGGAGUACCAAUCGAUUUUGGAUGUUUUUUCAAAGAAUCAAAGAGUCUAUUUGUUGGGUAAGCCUUAUUAUGGCUCCGUGGGUCUGGUGCACGAUCUGGACGAGCAAUCGGGCAGGUUGAAGAUCGGUGUCGUUAAUGAGGAAGAACCGGAUUAUUUGGAACUGAAAAAAAUGCACAAUGAUAUUCUAAAAAGCUAUUUGAACGGGUACGAUUCUGCUGCAAAAUUAGGUAUUUCAAAUUAUCUGCUGGGACGUGUAACAGGAACAGUCUACCUGACCUCAGGUUCAAAAGAUAAAUUUGAUCAGCAGGACACGACUGUCAAGAAAUAUAACAUUGGUUUGAAUUUGAAGUUUACGAAGAAAAAUGAAGAGGUUACUGGGUAUUCUCGAAAAGUUGGAAACACUUGGCUGUAUUCGGAGCAGGCUCUCGAUUUGAUAGCGAGUUACAUGGAAGAAUUUCCUGAAAUAUUCAAACUACUCAACCAAAGUGGUUACAGCGACAUGAUGUACGAAAGUGACCUUUACCCCGAAGAAGUUGGUACUGGAAAACUGGACAAAAUCUUGGAAUGGUUAAAAGCCCAACCGUACAAUGAUGCCCUUCGAAAAAGCUGUGAUUCUCAAGCCCUGACCACUGAUAUUGUUCGAGAAGUCAUUGGCAUAACUAACCAACCUAGAAAAAAAAUCAGUGUUACGAUUGCUGUUAAACCGAUCCACUUGUACGUUCCUGGACUUCAACCUGAUGCAAGGGCUCCUGAUCCACUAGCCGUGUUCAAUUUAUUCGACAGGGUUGUUAACGUGCGUCCAAAUCACACUGUGCCUUUAGGUUACAAAGGAACGGUAAUUGGUGUACACGUCUGUCGUGAUCCCAAUCCCAUACACCAGAAUGUUGCAAAUGCAGACCAGGAUAUAUUUUUGGAUGUUCUGUUCGAUAAAACAUUUCCUGCUGCUACUGGUUAUUGCGGUAUGGAGAAAAAGGAUGAGGAUAAUCAUUGUUAUAGGAUGACACCUCAGGCGCUGAUUAAUAUUACAUUUGGGGCUGAAUCUAAUACUGCCAAACUCCUGACAGUCAAGGGUCCAAAUAUUCCAUCUAAAGACAAACUUGCAAACGACAAUGAUUCCGAAGCAAGUGAACCAACUAUUAUCAAACUAACGGAAGAACAGGUUGUACAGCCUAAUCCAGCAGUUGCUUCGGCGGCACCAGAAAACACAAAAGAACCAGAGCCAGCUGGCAAGGUCUGUCAAAAUCAGGACGAGGCCAAAGUUAAUUCGCUAUUGAAUGAUGACGAUGUUAAGGAGUACCAGUUUAAGAUUAAUAAUGAUCCGGAGCAACGGAAACAGUUUUGGGAUGAUUUGCUUAAACAAAAGAGUAAUCCUGUGGCAGCUCUUCCAAGCAGUGACACAGGCACAGAAGCCCUAAAACAGAUAUUAGGAGUUGUUCAAAAGGUUCAAAAUCAACCAAUUGUUCAACAGAGUCCUCCUCAGCAAAAACCAAUCGAGCCACAAGCACAACAACGGCCAAGCUGGCAAGCUAAUCCUAUAUCGGUUCAAGAUAUGUUCAAGCAUGCUGCUAAUAUGGUGCCUUCGCCAGUCAAACAUGUACUACCACCACCACCGGUGCAGUGGUAUGGAUCCCCACAAAAUCAAAUGAACUAUCGUCCCAUGCAACAACCACAACACCACCAUCACCACCAACCUCAGCAGCAAUUUCGUCACCAUCAGAUGCCCGGAUCAUCUCCGAACCACCAAAAACCACCACCUCCUCAAUAUAACCAAAUGCCUGUGAAUCAGAAGCAACAGUUUUAUCAAAUGUCACCGAACCAGAAACAGCAAUUCCAUCAAAUGCCAGGACAUUCACCUCAUAAACAUAUAAAUCAGAAAAUGGUGAACCAGCAGCAAUUUCCUAAUUACAACAAUAUAAUAAGACCACCGGGUAAUAGUUUGAUGGUGCAUAAACCACAACAGCAAAAUUUGGUGGUGCGACCGCCGAAUUUGAUGGUGCAACAACCGAUGGUUCGACAAUCAUUCAAUAGUAAUGUUAAUAUGAAUGUCAGUAUUAAUGAAAAUCAGGAGGUUAACAGGAAUAGAAAUGCUAAGGGUGGUUUGCAAGGAAAAGCUGCAGAUGCAUCUCCGAGUGCAUUUAUACCAUUGCAGGCUGUUAGAAAGGCAAGAGUUUCUACUGGCAGUUGUUCAAAGGGUAAACUUGAACUUUCUCUUUCUCCGGCCGCAAGAGAGGAGGCCCUGCAGCAGCUCGAGAAAUUGCAGUUGAAGCAGAGAGAGAUUGAGAAGCAGUUCGAAAAGUUUUGUAGGAAUACUAGCGAUCAAAUGCAGAUCAUGGCAGGUCAUGAUGGUCAACAUGGACAUGCCAGCAAUACUGGACAGCAACAAAUGAAUAAUUCG